CUGAGCGCCCCGCCGCCGCCCGAGCCGCCGCCGCCCGAGCCGCCGCGCCGUGCGGGGCCAGGCCGCGCCCUCCCCGGGCGCCCGCCGGCUCGCAUGCCGAGGGGCUCCGGGGCGUAGCUGCGCGCCGGGCGCCGCCUCCGGGCUCCUCCGGCCCCGCCAUGGGCUGCUGCAGCUCCGCCUCCUCCGCCGCGCAGAGCUCUAAACGAGAAUGGAAGCCACUGGAGGAUCGUAGCUGUACAGACAUACCGUGGCUGCUGCUUUUUAUCCUCUUCUGCAUUGGGAUGGGAUUUAUUUGUGGCUUUUCAGUAGCAACAGGUGCAGCAGCGAGACUAGUGUCAGGAUACGACAGCUAUGGAAAUAUCUGUGGGCAGAAAAAUGCAAAAUUGGAAGCAAUACCAAACAGUGGUAUGGACCACACCCAUCGGAAGUAUGUGUUCUUUUUGGAUCCAUGCAAUCUGGACUUGAUAAACCGAAAGAUCAAGUCUGUAGCACUCUGUGUAACAGCAUGUCCAAGACAAGAAUUGAAAACCCUAAGUGAUGUUCAGAAGUUUGCAGAGAUGAAUGGCUCAGCACUAUGUAGCUACAACCUAAAGCCUUCAGAAUAUACUACAUCUUCAAAAGCUUCUGUUCUGUGCCCCAAACUACCAGUUCCAGCGAGUGCACCUAUCCCAUUCUUCCAUCGCUGUGCUCCCGUGAACAUUUCCUGCUAUGCCAAGUUUGCAGAGGCCCUGAUCACCUUUGUCAGUGACAAUAGUGUCUUACACAGGCUGAUUAGUGGAGUAAUGACCAGCAAAGAAAUUAUAUUGGGACUUUGCUUGUUAUCACUAGUUCUGUCCAUGAUUCUGAUGGUGAUAAUCAGGUAUAUUUCAAGAGUACUUGUGUGGAUCUUAACAAUUCUGGUCAUACUGGGUUCACUUGGUGGCACUGGGGUACUGUGGUGGCUGUAUGCAAAGCAAAGAAGGUCUCCCAAAGAAACAGUUAUUCCUGAGCAGCUUCAGAUAGCUGAAGACAAUCUUCGGGCCCUCCUCAUCUAUGCCAUUUCAGCCACGGUGUUCACAGUGAUAUUGUUCCUGAUAAUGUUGGUCAUGCGCAAGCGUGUUGCUCUCACCAUUGCCUUGUUCCACGUGGCUGGCAAAGUCUUCAUCCACUUGCCGCUGCUAGUCUUCCAACCCUUUUGGACUUUCUUUGCUCUUGUCUUGUUUUGGGCAUACUGGAUCAUGACACUUCUUUUUCUUGGCACUACUGGCAGCGCUGUUCAGAAUGAGCAAGGCUUUGUGGAGUUUAAAGUUUCUGGGCCUCUGCAAUACAUGUGGUGGUACCAUGUGGUGGGCCUGAUUUGGAUCAGUGAAUUUAUCCUAGCGUGUCAGCAGAUGACUGUGGCAGGAGCUGUGGUAACAUACUAUUUUACUAGGGAUAAAAGGAAUUUGCCAUUUACACCUAUUUUGGCAUCGGUGAAUCGCCUUAUUCGUUAUCACCUGGGUACUGUGGCAAAAGGAUCUUUCAUUAUCACAUUAGUCAAAAUUCCACGAAUGAUCCUUAUGUACAUGCACAGUCAGCUCAAAGGAAAGGAAAAUGCUUGUGCCCGAUGUGUGCUGAAAUCUUGCAUUUGUUGCCUUUGGUGUCUUGAAAAGUGCCUAAACUAUUUAAAUCAGAAUGCAUACACAGCCACAGCUAUCAACAGCACCAACUUCUGCACCUCCGCGAAGGAUGCCUUUGUCAUUCUGGUGGAGAAUGCUUUACGGGUGGCUGCCAUCAACACAGUGGGGGAUUUCAUGUUAUUCCUAGGCAAGGUGCUGAUAGUCUGCAGCACAGGCUUGGCUGGGAUUAUGCUGCUCAACUACCAGCAAGAUUACACAGUAUGGGUGCUGCCUCUGAUCAUCGUCUGCCUCUUUGCUUUCCUAGUCGCUCAUUGCUUCCUGUCCAUUUACGAAAUGGUAGUGGAUGUAUUAUUCUUGUGUUUUGCCAUUGAUACAAAAUACAAUGAUGGGAGCCCUGGCAGAGAAUUCUAUAUGGAUAAAGUGCUGAUGGAGUUUGUGGAAAACAGUAGAAAAGCAAUGAAAGAAGCUGGUAAGGGAGGCGUUGCUGAUGCCAGAGAGCUAAAACCGAUGGCUUCGGGAGCAAGUUCUGCUUGAACCUAGCCGACCGUUAUGGAACCCAUUGACAUUCCAAAACAAUAUAUACACAUAACUAUGUAUUUGUGUGUGUGGGUGUGUGUAUAUAUGUAUAUGUAUGUGUGUAUAUAUAUGUAUAUGUAUAUACACACACACACAUAAUCAGCCAAAAUCAGAGAAAAGGAACAGGGAUUUAAUACCUUUUUUAUGCUUAUUUUUGUCAAACAUGUACUCCUUUCAUACGGGUGGCUUUUACGAGGCAACUGCCGUCAUUUAAUGUUUUCAAUUGUAAUUGUCUUAAUGGAAAUGUUAAGAUUCAUAUCUGAUUAACAUUUUUAAUAACUUAGAGGAGAUUUUAACUUUAGUUAUUUAAAUUAGGUAAAAUGAUUGUACCGAAUUCUCUGUCUAAAGUUUAUUCAGGGGUGAUUUUCCCUGAUGUAUGCAUAAAAUCAAGGUCUUAUUUUACUGAUGCAUAAGUCCUAGUGGGAUGAGACUAGGCAUAUGCUUUCAGAUAAAUAAGGAGAUACUCCAAUCAGUUUUCCCCAAUCAAAGAAGCCAUGUCAUUUUACUUUUAGAAACAUACUAGUGGACUCAAUAUGGGAAUUUUCAUAAUAGCUCAUGCAUUUGUCAGCCAACAUUAAAAAGUAACCAACUCCUCAGGUAUUUGUAGUUUACCCUAAGCUUCUAUAAGAGAGUAGGUUAAAAAGAAAAGGGUAGAUAAUCUUUCUUAUGCAAACUUUGUUCUUAUAGUUUGUCUUUCUUUCAUUUUUUACUGUAGUAGCAUCCUCCACACAUUUGUGUGCCUGAUUUGAAGGGAAGCUGGGGUGCCCAGCAACUUUAGCCUUUAAGUUUCUGUGUAUUGAUUUGCUGAUUAAGUAAUGCUGGGAGGAAUAAAAAAGGGAGAGAAUCAUGGAA